UGUCUCCUUAGGUAAGUGAAAGGAAAAUUAAAAGAUAAGAUCUGCGGUUUUCAACUCAACAAUCUCAACAUAUUUUUUAAUAUUUGGUGAUUUUAUCUCUUAGGAAUCGUUAAAUUUCGCAUAACAAACUUCAAAAAAUGAGCUACGCGGGUCGAGUGAUAGUCUACGGCGGGAGAGGCGCCUUGGGGGCCAAGUGCGUCUCCCAUUUCAAAGCCAACAACUACUGGGUGGGUUGCAUCGACUUGACGGAAAACUCCGAGGCGGACUACAAUCUGCUGGUGAAGAAGGAAGAGACGCUGCAAAGCCAGGAAACGUCCAUUCUCUCCGACCUCAGCUCCACUCUAAACGGCGCCAAAUUGGACGGGAUAUUCUGCGUGGCGGGCGGCUGGGCUGGCGGAAACGCUGCCAAAGACCUGGUCAAAAACUCGGAGCUCAUGUGGCAACAAAGUGUGUGCAGUUCACUCAUAACUGCUUCGCUGGCUUCGAACCACUUGAAGGAUGGUGGUAUCGUUCAAUUGACCGGUGCAAAGGCCGCCUUGGAAGGCACUCCAGGCAUGAUCGGUUACGGAAUGGCCAAAGCAGCGGUGCACCAUUUGACGAAGUCUCUCGCAGAGAAGGACAGCGGUCUUCCCGACGGAGCGAUAUCGGUGGCCAUCCUGCCCGUUACAUUGGACACGCCAAUGAACCGCAAGUGGAUGCCGAAGGCCGACUUCUCCACCUGGACACCGCUGGAGUUCGUUGCCGAUUUGUUCGUGCGAUGGGCCUCCGGAAAGGACAGGCCGAAGAGCGGCAGUUUGCUGCAGCUCGUCACCAAGGAUCACCAAACUGAGAUCAAGGCAGAAGUUAAUACUCAUGCGUCUUCGGCUAUUCCUGGCUGUCUGUAAGUUGUAAUACAAUGGUGUUAGUUUUAGUGGAUUUUUGAGUAUAAUGGUAAUAGAAUCAACAGAAGUUGGUAACUUUUUAAAUUUUAAAAGCAAUGUUAUUUAGGAAUUUAUGUAGGUAAUUUUUGUAAUAAAUAUAAAAAUAAAAUUAUAGCACAAUACAUUAACACUAAAUACAAAUGACCAAUGCUCUCUAAUGAUAAUCGAAUUUAUUGGUUUUUUAAUAGUUAUUUGCACUGAUUAAUUUUAAACUGCACCGUUCAAAAGAGUUUACUUAAUUGUUUUUUAUUACAUUCCAACAUAAUUAUUGUUAUUCCAUGUUGUAUAAUUCUAUUUUUUGAGAGAUUUUAUUUGUAAAAAGCUUAUUUAAACAAAUUUGUUUGAAUG